CAUUUUCUUUGAUUGAUAGGUGGUUUUGUUUCACGGUUUGGUGUUGAUGGCGUUUGUGGCAUCUACCAAUGGCCAUCGGAAAAAGAAUGACGAUAUUGGUAAAUGCCGGGUGCCGGAUGAAAAGAAAAAAGACAGCUGGAAUUGGGUGGAUUGCAUCUACAAUGGUGGCAACCCGAUCAUAGUUAGUACUACUAAAAGGCCUACCACCACUCAAAAACCGUUGAAAGUAGACGGAUACUUUAAGAACAGAGGACCGGGAAAAUGUCUGAUCAAAAGUGAUACGCAAAAGACGAGAAAAGGCAAUCAGCCGGCUUGGGUUUGGGUUGAUUGUGACUACACCGGUGGUAUCCCAAAACGGAUCACUACUAAACCCCCUGUUCAAACAACGAUGAAACCUGCUGUCCAGCCAGUGCCUGCUGCUACACCUCGGCCUCAGAUGCCACCACAAACCCCUGUAAAACCUCCCCUACCACCUCCGGUUCCCACUCAGCGUCCUGUUUUGCCUCCGUACCCUUCGCCAAUUCCCGUCCGGCCUCCGCAAUCCCCUCCGGUUCCUGUCCGGCCUCCUGUUUUGGCCCCUUAUCCAUCGCCAACUCCACCCAGGCCACCACAACCACCUCCUGUAAGACCUCCCGCUUCCGUUCCUGUCUAUCCGCAACCACUUCCAGCUCCUCCUUCAGUUCCUGUCUAUCCACGACCGUUUCCAGCACCUCCAUCAAUUCCUGUCCGGCCUCCAAUUCCACCACCUACUCCAGCUCGGCCUCCAGUUCCACCUCCCGCUCCUGUCAGGCCUCCAGUUCCAGCCCCUGCUCCUGUCCGGCCUCCAGUUCCAGCCCCUGCUCCUGUCCGGCCUCCAGUUCCAGUCCCUGCUCCUGUCCGGCCUCCAGUUCCAGCCCCUGCUCCUGUCCGGCCUCCAGUUCCAGCCCCUGCUCCUGUCAGGCCUCCAGUUCCACCCCCUGCUCCUGUCAGGCCUCCAGUUCCAGCCCCUGCUCCUGUCAGGCCUCCAGUUCCACCCCCUGCUCCUGUCAGGCCUCCAGUUCCACCCCCUGCUCCUGUCCGGCCUCCAGUUCCAGCCCCAACUACUGUCAGGCCUCCACCACCACCGACAACUGUCAAACCACCCAUGCCCAUUACUACUCGACCCACAACAACAACUUCAGCUCCUACCAAGUACUGGAAACAAACUUGGACCACUACGGCUCCCAAUUUGAUCUGCAACAAGCGGUGGUGUUGGGACGGUAAAAGAUGGUUCGACAAAGGAAUUGGUUCAACUGAGAAGACCGUCAACAUUUUCAAAAAACCUACACUACCGUGAAAUGAGCUCACGAUUUGAUCACUCAUACGCUCAAUGCCUCGGUAACAAUUAAACCGGCGCAAUAAUCAAUCAAAAUCAAAACAAUUAGCGUACAUGAAAAAAAGCCCUUUCCAAUGUGGACGAAAUUUGCCUCUGUAGUAUUUAUUUCACGCAACCAAAGAUGUGUCAUUUUUGUCUAUGUGUCUUCAAACGUAUUUUGAAUCAUAUUUAAAAAUAUAAAUAUCAAUCAAAUAA